AUGUCAGAGGUGUUACUCGAAUUGGAAAUGAUCUUGGCCACAGUCAAGCAGAUCGACCAGAGUGUGCUUGAGAGUAUAGCACUACUAGAAAAAGGUGUUCCAGCAGGGUCAUACAAAGAGCUUGUUGCCAGCAACAAGGCACGGCUCGAGCGUACACAGGCCGUGGAAGGCUACCAGAGACAGAAGCUUCGGGAAACGGGAAACGAACGUGGUGCUGAUAGCGCUGGCGGCGAUCUGGACUCGGAUUUGGACGAGUUGCUUGAAGAGCUCGAGGAAGAUAGAGACGAGUCGCUGGCUCAGUAUAGAGAAGCACGUCUUGCCGAGUUGAAACGUGAAUUUGGGAAGAUCGACCGUGCUGCUCACGAGCUUGGGCUGGAUUUGGGCCAGGUUACCAACGUUGCUGACGAGAAAGAGCUCAUGAACCUUGUAACCAAAGCAGAUGUAUGUAUGGUGCACUUCUUCCAGCCAGAGUUCGCCAGAUGCAAAGCAAUGAACGAGAAGUUGGUCGCUGUGGCUGAGAAACACGUUGAAGUUCGUGUUCUUGCGAUUAAGGCCGAGUUGGCGCCAUUUCUCGUGGCAAAGCUCAAAAUUAAGGUGCUUCCAGUGGUGAUUGCGUAUAGAAGCGGCAAGGAAGUGGCACGGAUCGUUGGUUUUGAAGGAUUAGGAAGCCUAAGCGGCUCGGAUUUCCCUGUAGAGGCGCUCGAGACGUGGAUGUUUCGUCAACGGUUGGUGAACAGAAGGGCCUUGACAUUUGCAGCCAAAAACACGGUAAGUGGCUCCAUUGGCGCCAGCAAUGAAGACGACGAAGACGAUGAAUGGUAUUAA